GGGUGCUGGAGCGGGCUCGUACCAAUUCACGGGACCAUCAAAUGUUCAGGCGUUUUUUGAACCUGCUGUUAAACACAGCCACUGCUAAAAAUUAAGUUACAUAAGCACAGUUAAAACACACAGUAUUCUAUGCAGCCUGUUGAUUGUAUGGGUUUCCGUAAGGGACCUUGGAGACAGCCCUUUCAGUGGAUGCUGAGGUCUGACCUCAUAGCUAUCUCCAGUUUAGGCUGCACACAGCUAUGCGGGGUGCCUUUGGAAAGCCCCAGGGCACAGUAGCCAGGGUCCACAUUCACCAAGUCAUCAUGUCCAUCCGUACCAAGCUGCAGAACAAGGAGCCUGUGAUUGAGGCCCUACGGAGGGCCAAGUUCAAGUUCCCUGGCUGCCAGAAGAUCCACAUCUCCAAGAAGUGGGGCUUUACUAAGUUCAAUGUGGAUGAAUUUGAAGACGUGGUGGCUAAAAAGCGACUUGUCCCAGCUGGCUAUGGGGUAAAAUACAUCCCUGACUGUGGCCCCUUGGACAAAUGGAGGGCUCUGCACUCCUGAGAACCUGGCACUAUCCCAUCCUGUCAUAUUCAUGCCCACCAAUAAAUCCAACUUCCUGUCAAAAAAAAAAA